CCUCAGCGACACAAGCCGUAUAUAACCCUUGUGGGGGGAUAAAAGAGCCACAGACCGCACCCGAGCAAACUUGCUAGAGCAGUCUUUGGACCCUUUAGAUGGAAGUCAUGGAGUCUGUAGCCUUCCAGAUUUGGGCCACCCUCUCUCUUCUGGCCCACCUUGCAGAUGGGAGCCCUAUAACCAGCUUAGAUAUACCUCUUAUGGAGGAAGAGGUACCCUUCUUUGACGAACAGGAUGCCCUGCUUCAGGAUCUGCAAAACGAGCUCCUGAAGGCACUUAACCUCUCGGGGAUCCCCCUCCAGGAGGAAGCCAAGGUGGACACUCCAGAAUACAUGUUAGAGCUCUACAAUAGGUUUGCCAGGGACAAGACCUUGUUGCCAUCCGCCAAUAUUGUUAGAAGCUUCAAAAACAAAGAGCAUAGUUCCCGGCCCAUACGCCUGAAUGGAAUGCGGAGGUAUCCUCUCCUUUUCAAUGUCUCCAUCCCUCACCACGAGACGAUAACCAUGGCGGAGCUGAGGCUCUACACCCUGGCGGAGGACAGACAGCUCUACGGGAACCUCGACCGGAAGGUCACCGUCUUUGAAGUGCUGGAGGGCGAACACGGAGGAGGAAAAGAGGGAGAGGAGAGGAAGCUGAGAGUGAUGGCCUCCAGGUUUAUUUACAGCUCCGACAAUGAAUGGAAGACCUUUGAGGUGACAGAAGCCAUCAGGAAGUGGCACCACUCUGACUCAACCACUCACCAACUGGAGGUUCAGGUGGAGUACCGAGGGGCAGAGAACCCCAAACCAGGAAGACACAGAGGAGUAGACAUUAAUUUGGAACCCAAACACAAGCCAUUGUUGAUUGUGUUUUCAGACGAUCACAGCCACGCCAAGAAAGAGGAGAAGCACGAGCUGAAGGAGAUGAUGGAGCACGAGCAGAUGCAGGAGUGGCCGGAUUUGGAGCUACAAGACUUCUCCAGCAGCCCCAAUGAUCUGCUUCAGAUCAGCUCCAACAUCAUCUAUGAUUCGACCUCCAGGAUCCGGAGGAACGCCAAGGGAAGCAGCUGCAAAAAGACCUCUCUCUAUGUGGAUUUCAAGGAGAUUGGCUGGGACUCCUGGAUCAUUGCGCCCGCUGGCUACGAUGCCUACCAGUGCAAGGGAGCCUGCAGCUUCCCUCUGGAGGGCAGCCAGUCGACCACCCAUGCCAUGGUCCAGACGUCUGUCCACUUGAAUGACCCCCAGAAAGCUUCCCCUGCCUGUUGCGUCCCAACCAAGCUGGACCCCAUCUCUUUGCUCUUCUUGGACAAAGGAAUCGUCACCUUCAAGCAAAACUACGAGGGCAUGUCCGUCUCGGAAUGUGGCUGCAGAUAGUAGCAGGAGAUGGGGUUCUUGCAUGGUGUUUUGGCUUCCGUGGGAUUUCAUGGUUCCAUCUGAACAGUUUUGAGAUGCAGUCAACUCCUUGGACAAGGGGAAGGGACCUUGGAGACGGGCAAUGGUUUAGGGAUGAUGGCUUGGAGAAAAGGGGUGGAGGGGGAUGGAAGGAGACCAGCUGACCUCCUAAACAGCAGCAAACAGAGGCAUCUCCUUAGCUUCAGCUAGAGCUCCCACAACAUCACAAAACUUCCUCUCCAGUUGUUCAUCCCAGACAUUUCACCACUUAUGCAAUCCUGUUCUGGUCCUUCCAAUUUCCGGACGCUGCAACUGAGCCAACAGUUGUCAGAAAACAUAGCAAAAGUCUCAAAGCUGCCUUUUUUUAUCACACCCCUGAAGAAAAAAAUAUGAAUUGGCUUUACUGAAUUACCUCCAGGAAUUCUCCAGCAUUUUUUGAUUUCUCUCUCUACUGCCUAGUACGAUCAUGCUACCAGUUCAAUUCUACUGUCCCUUGGAGAGGAAACCAGUCCUGGAAGGAAGCCAUUGCUCUUCUUGGCCCUAAGACCCCCAACCAUUACUUUGCUUUCCAAUAGAGGGGCCAUCAAAUACUCCCCUUGGACUUUUCCUGGGAGAAGAAGUUCAAGAAAACUUUCUUAAGCUGUGACGCAUGGGGUUCACACACACAUCAGUAAGCAUGGUUUCAUUAACCAUGGUUUAUUGAAUAAACCACAAUUGGCUGGGUUCAUGCAACAAACCAAGCCAAAAGCAAAACAUUGUGUGACUUUAAACCAUAAAAUUUCCCAUGUUUCCUUGCUUACUCAGAAAAGAAGACUGGCCUAGUGGUUGAUGUUGCUUAGAAAACUUCUGCUUUCCAAAUUCUCUUUCUGGAAAGUUCUGUGCUACUCCCUCAUCCCUCUCAGGAUUGUUCAGUUUAGUGGAGCCCUUCAGAUAGCAGAAUCAAGAUAUCCCCCAAAGCAAUUGCACAGAAUUACUUUGGACACGCCAUUCAGAUUGGGGUGCGCAUGAUACGAACCCAACUCCUCCUUUGUAUCAAUGUCCUCAUGCAACUCAGAACUUGGCUGAUUGUCCUUUUCAUCGCUGUUAAAAUUUGGAGGGCGGGGAGGGUUCUUCUAUGAUGAAAUUUCAAGGCCCUUCGGGCAGACAGGGGCUCCUCCUUAUGGGGAGCUGUCAAUUCACGAGACAGUUCUCCGUGCGUGCGUUGGAGGUCACAUGUCAAGUUUCCACCUCUCUGGCAAAUCUUUGUGAUAAGAAGGUGUUGGGAGUUGGGAAACGAUAGGCCUGGUGGUGCUUUAUUUAUACUAAGCUGCAAAUCGGUCAGAUUCUUUGGAAAGUGUAAUUGACAUUGUGUCUCCAGCCCUUCGUGGGCUUACUGUACUAUGCCCCACCACUGCUUUCUACUUUUAAGGAGAGAGAGAAAGAGAGAGAAGGAGAGAGAGAGAAGUUGGGUUUAGAGAACACCAACGUGGGCCCUUCAGAAGAAUUCUCAUGCAAAGCACUUGGGACUUGCUGAAAUCCACCUCAUCUUUGUCCUGGAAGCCAUUAUUUAUUGAUCUAUUUAUUGACUGUCGUCCUUGUAAAUAUAAUGUAGAAUACGAAAUGUUUUAUUUUUGUGCUUGUAUGUUUACCAAACACACUUGGGUAAUCCUGUAUAUGGAACUGUUUUGAUGCUAAUAUCAUCCCCCAGUUUCAGUGGGCUUCCUUUUUCAUUGUCCUUGUAAAUAUAUUGAUUUGUUUUUUCAUCUCUCGGUGUAAUGCAUAUACAGUGGCAUCCAGCAUACAAUCACUUUCAAGCCUCAAAUGAAUAUAGAGAGUGUGUAUUUCUUUUCAUAUGGCAAAAACUGAGAGCUGGUGAAUUUGUCCCCAUCUUCUAGUUUGGCUGGAGACAUCCCAUUUUCAAACAUACAGUGAGUUCUGGCAAGAUUUCUGACUGUAUCUUGAGGCCACUUUUGGCCACAAUUGCUGCAUAAGUCUCCAACAGAAGAGUUAUGGAAGGAUCUAUCACAAUUCUCCCCAUGAAGGUGAGCCUUAGUUCUUCAGAACAGCUGCUGCUGUGACCUUCUCAACCUCUCCUCUGCUCCAGAGGUUUCUGGAUAUGUUAUCUUAUAUCCUAUUUCUCUAAGGAAAAAUCUACCAUAGAGACUGUACCAAGAUACAGUCACUUAGAUGUCAAUCAAUCAAUCAGUAAUAUUUAUUCGGUCAAGGACCAGCCAAAUUCAAAUGGCCAAAACAAACAAAAACAGAGUGAAGCAAACAAAUACCAUAAAUCACCAGCUAGCAAAAUAAAUCACAGAAUAUAACAUUCAUUUCUCUAUUACUAUGUUAAUGCAUUUUGUUUCUCGGUCUAAAACGUUAAUAGGUACAAA